GCCGCAGCCCCCACGGGAGCGGGCCGGCCCGCGUUGAACUGGGCGUCCUGGUGGAAGGUACAUCAGCAAGCCAGCGGCAAUGCAGGGACGCGUGCUCUAGAGAAGCCUCCUGGAGAGGGAGUGUGCAGCCUCGAGAAAAGAGGGGGCUAAAGGGGGAGUCCCCAGCCUGGAGCCUGCCCCCCCGUUCUCUCCCGCAGCCCCCCUCCCUUGCCCAAGCCCCCCUGCCCGGUAGAGUUCAGCACCCCUACCACGUUCUACUCUGGGAGAGAUGCCCUCAGCCCCUGCGGCCCCCCGGGGACAACGCGAGCAUGGAGAAGUCGAGUAGCGAGGAUUCUUCGAUCCACCGGAGUCCAUCUUUGGACAGCAAGGACUCGGACUUUGCCAAGCCCUCUUCCUCGGGCCGCCCCUUGGGCCGCGGCUUCACCGCAGGCGCCUUCUAUGGUACCACGGGCUCCCGGACCCGGGGCCAGAGCCACGCUGAGGCCGGAGUGAAAACAGACAAGUACAAUGCCCCGAAGGGCAGCAAGUACGUGGUGUUUUACCUGGACCUCUCCUUUGUCUUCCUUCUAGAAUUUAAGAAGUGCAACAUGGCCAGAGGCUGCCUCUGCUGUUUGAAAUAUAUGAUGUUCCUGUUCAAUUUGAUAUUUUGGCUGUGUGGCUGCGGGUUGCUAGGGGUGGGCAUCUGGCUCUCCGUCUCCCAGGGAAACUUCGCCACCUUUUCCCCCAGUUUCCCUUCACUGUCAGCAGCCAAUUUGGUUAUUGCUAUUGGCACUAUUGUCAUGGUGACUGGCUUCCUGGGCUGUCUUGGAGCCAUCAAGGAAAACAAAUGUCUCCUUCUCAGUUUUUUCAUAGUCCUGUUGGUUAUCCUCCUGGCUGAGCUGAUCUUACUCAUCCUGUUUUUUGUCUACAUGGACAAGGUGAAUGAUAAUGCCAAGAAGGAUCUGAAAGAAGGGCUGCUCCUGUAUAACACAGAGAAUAAUGUGGGACUGAAAAAUGCCUGGAACAUCAUUCAAGCUGAGAUGCGAUGCUGUGGUGUCACUGACUUCACAGAUUGGUUUCCUGUGCUGGGAGAGAAUACAGUUCCUGACCGCUGUUGCAUGGAGAAUUCCCAGGACUGUGGGCGCAACUCUACCACCCUUGUGUGGAAAACAGGCUGUUACGAGAAGGUAAAGACGUGGUUUGAUGACAACAAGCACGUUUUGGGCACAGUGGGGAUGUGCAUUCUCAUCAUGCAGAUUCUAGGCAUGGCCUUCUCCAUGACACUCUUCCAGCACAUCCACCGAACUGGUAAAAAAUAUGAUGCCUAAGCCAACUGGUUGGGAGUACCAUCCACACUCUCUCUACACCGGGGAAGAAUUGUGCUUUUGUAGCCUCCUGAACACCAGACUGCCAUCCCUUCCUAUGCAUAACCCAACCUUGUCCUGUCCAACAGAUCGAUGUCCCCACCCUUCCUGAAUCAUCUAUAGACUUCUUUGUUGGGUGGGCAGGGUGGGUAGGGAGAGUGGGAAGGAAACCUCAGGAGAUGGGAAGUUGUGUGUGUGUGUUGAGGGUGGGGGGGUGGGACUUUUCUGCAUCCACAUCUGUUUCUUUGCCAAAGAAGAUGGAGGGAUGAGGAGAGGAUGAGGUAGAGUGAUGGGAGAUGCUAAAAGAGCAAACUCCAAUAUGACACUAAUCCCUCCUUAGCUCUCCUUUACCUCCUGCCCUUCUUCUACGCACUGACACUUUGCCUGACCCAUAGGGGAAGAGGAUAGGGAGGAGGAGGAGGAGGUGGACCCUAAUCCUUGCUGGGGGGCUUCUUCCUUUUCACUUCCCUGCUCCUUUUCAAGGGACACAGCCUCUUCUAUUUCUGCUUAUAGCCACACCUCACCCCCACCUCUAGUCUGGAGACCUGGAAGACUUAAUGGGAGGGAGGGACAGGGAGGCCCAACCAUUUUAAGUAAGGGGCCCCAGGCAAUGUUCUUUCUGAGGCAUUUUGUACCCUAUGACGUAUCUUUUUUUAUCAUUUUAUUUUAUCCUAAUUUUGAUCAUUUGGGAUCAGUAUUCCCCAAAUACCUUUAGGGUUAGCUUUCUGAUCUAUAACUUUUUACUAUAUUGAUUUCUUUGACUUCUUGGUUUUUUGGUGGGGGGUAGUGAUGGGUGGGAGGGUAUCCAUUUGGUUUUAAUCUGGAAAAAACACUGUGCAACGCUUGGGAGGACCUUGGUAAAGAUAUACUAGAUUUUUUCUUUUCUUUUUUUUUCUCUCUCUUUUUUUUUUUGCGGUAUAGAGAGGAUGAGAUUAGCUGGCUGUGCUGAGAAAGCUAGGAUUGGCUCAGUUCCUUCACCUCUGUGAGGAUCUAGACAGGAAGGUCCAUGGUUCUCUCAAGGACUUUCCUCUGGGGCUUGGAGUCUUUUGCUCCCAGUAUUUUGGCUUUUGUGAAGUGAAGCAAGUUCAGGGGUCAAGCAAGAGGCAAAAAGGAUCCAGUAUCAGUGCCAAUGGAAGACAGAACCAAUAUGGAUUUGAGUUGGGUGGGAACCAGGGGGUAGGAGGUAAUAAGGGAGCUUGCAGUAUUUCUUGCUAAUCUCUUUACCAGGAACUAUGGCCUGAGCUAGGAUAAAUCUGCUGCUGUUUUUUGUUUUUGUCUUUACUUUUUGUCUUUGUCUUUUUUUUAUCCUUCCCUCCCAACCAUCUUUGGCAUGGGAGACUCUCCCUUCACUCCAUUCGGUCAUUCCCACAUCAAAUUCCCAGACCUCCCCUUUUUUCCCCCUAAACAUUCCUGUUAGAACUUUUGAACAUAUACCUCGGUAGUUCAAAUGCUGCAUUUCUCACAUAUUGCUGCUUUUCACAAAGGAAAGGACAGAUGGAGGUGUUAUAAGGGAUCUCAGAGAUUGUCUAGGACAAUUCCCUGACUCGACAAAGGAACAUGAAGCCCAGACAGAUUCAGAAUCUGCUACCCCAGGUAACAGGGCCCUAAAUAUACCUUUGGAUCCCCAGAUACACGGCUGGGUGAGUUACUCCCCCAAGGCGUGGAGUAUCAUUUUAGUGAGAGAUCUCCAGUGCUUGAUAUUAUCAGAAAUCUAGUCUCCCUCCUGUGGGUUCGUAGCAUGUGGAGUGAUAAUGCUCCAUCAUAAUCAUAGGACACACUGCUUUCCAUUCCCUAUUUCUAAUCAAGGAGGAAUUAAUACAAAAUGAAACAUGAAAACAACCAAUGUACAUCCAUUAAAAAAAAA